AUGGCCUUCAACAAAUACAUCGUCAAGCUUAACGACGCUACCAAGGCGGACGAACCUACCCUUCUCAAAGCGCUUGAUGAGCUCCUCAACAACGGCAUCCAGAUCGUGCAAGAGAAGAACACCUCUACCCUCGGUCUUGUGCGCGUCCAGGUUCCCGAGGAGAUUGACGUCAAGGAGGCUAUCAGGAAUAGCACUCUGCUGACCCAGGCUGUCGAGAAGAUUGACCCCAUUGCCGAGUAA